GUACAAGUGUAGAAAUUCAUUGUCAGGCUGAAGGCGUUUGAUCUGAGUUAGAUCUGCAAUUUCUGCUGUUGUUAUUUAAAAUCUUCCAAGCAGAUGGUACGUGAAGAGUAUAUUUCAGCAACCCCAGGUACUGACGUACAGAGACCAGACCCUCAGUAUACCUACAAUGUUGGCAUUUAUGGCUGGAGAAAACGCUGCCUUUAUUUAUUUCUCCUCCUCCUGAUCAUCAUCCUAGUUGUGAAUCUUGCUCUGACAAUUUGGAUUCUUAAAGUAAUGUGGUUUUCAACAGCUGGAAUGGGAUACCUACAGGUUAAUAGCGAUGGGCUUCGUCUGGAAGGAGAGUCUGAAUUUUUAUAUCCAUUACAUGCCAAAGAAAUUCACUCUAGAAAGGAUUCACCCUUACUUUUGCAGUCUUCUCAUAAUGUGACUUUGAAUGCACGCAAUAGUGAUGGAAAUGUCACAGGCAGAUUAAGCGUAGAUCUGGAUAUGGUACAGUUUCAUAGUCAACUAUUUCAGAUCAACUCUGUGAAUUUUGAUGAAAAACCUCUUUUUACUGCGCAUGACAGUGACACUGCAAUUGGUACAGAGAAACUUCGAGUCACAGACUUGAAUCACCAACCCGAUCUCUCACCAUGAAUGCUCCGAGAGGAAUUCACAUCAAAGCAGAAAAUGGAGAUCUUAUCGGACUCUCUCAUUUGGAUAUCGCAUUCCAUAGUACCAAUGGGAUGAUCAUUGAUGCUCAAAAUUUGCUACUGCCAGAUUUGCUUCAAGGAACAAAUGGAGAAUCCGGGACAUCUGAAGGACUCUAUGAAAUUUGUGCUUGCCCAGAUGGAAGGUUAUACUUAUCGGUGGCUGAUGUAGUUUCUACUUGCUUACAACACAGUCGUGAUUGUCAAUAAAGCACCAGAACACAACUGGA